CUUAGCCCAAGUUCAUUAUUUGUAUUAUUAUUAUUAUUUGUUUACGUCACUUUUAUUUGUUUGUUGAGCACUUCCGGUAAUUGUCACAUGGGUGUGGUUUGUCUAUAUAAGUCACCUGUUUCAUGUCGAGUGCGGAUGACAGAGGGUGAGCUUGUGCUGUCAUUUUUUCUGUUGACCGUUUUGUCCAUAGUUACUGUGUUUUGAUUUUGUUUAUUAAAUAUCCUAUAACUAUCUUGCUUCAGUAUGGGCUUUCUCUUCGAAAACGCGUCACAGUUUAUAGCCAAGCUUAGCCUCUCGGCGACUCAAACUGAACUGGAAAUUGAGCCUCCACACCCACUCUGGGCCAACCUCUCCAGGCUUGGCUCCUGAGAGGGACAGGCUGAGACGGGGUAGACUGUCUGACAAUGUUAUACAGACUAUCCAGGCAGGAAGAGCAGGAUCCACCACAGCCUGUUACAGGACGAAGUGGUUGUGAUUCCAGCGGUGGUGUGAGGAAAGGAGUCCAGAGCCUCUGUCCUGUACAUUGGGCUCUAUUCUGUCCUAUUUACAGAUACUGGUGGACAAGGGGCUUGCUCAUUCCACAGUUAAGGUGUAUGCAGCAGCCAUCUCGUCCUGCCAUGAGGGAUUUGGCGGCAGGUCAGCCUUUAGUCAACCGCUUAUGACGCGUUUUUUGCAGGGGGUCAGGAGACAGCACCCAGUGGUGCAUGUCUCCACCCCGCAAUGGGAUCUGCCAUUGGUUCUCAAGGCUUUGGUUACAGAACCGUUUGAGCCACUGGAGCUCUCCUCCCUGAAGGCGCUAUCAUUGAAAACAGCUUUGCUGCUUGCUUUCACUUUGGCCAAGAGAGUAUGCGAGCUGACCGCUCUGUCGGUGCACCUGAGUUGCCUUUUCAUUCGUGGUGACCGUAGCGGGGCGACACUCAGACCGAACCCCUCCUUUGUUCCCAAGAACCUAAGGAGUUUGUUCAGGUCGAGGGCUAUACAGUUAGACGGCUUUAGUCUUCCACCCCAUACUGGGGACAGGAAGGCAACAUUGCAUCUCCUCUGCCCGGUGCGUGCGCUGGCAUGUUAUGUAGGGCGCAAGGCUUCUAUUGGACGCACUGAACUGCUGUUUGUGUGCUUUGGGGAUGGUGUGGCCGGUAAAGCUCUGUCCAAGAAACGCCUGACAGGAUGGCUCUGCGAGUGCAUUUCACAUGCCGGCAGGGAGAGCCUUUCCCACUGGGGUCCGUGCAUACUCUACACGUGGUAUGGCUGUGUCGACAGCCUUGUUCAACGGCGUAAGUGUGGAGGACAUAUACACGGCGGCGUCUUGGUCUACGUCAGGCCCGUUAAUAAGGUUUUAUCUUUUGGACAUGUCGGGCUCAUUUUCAUCGUCUGCGCUUGCUGGGGCAACACAGGACUGGUGAAAGGAGGGGGGCUGUGGGUCAGUAAGCUGUAUCUGACCCCCUUGGACAUAAUGCACUUACGACUAUUUUCAUGCUCCUUAGGGACCUGGGAAACGUGGUGCGCAGUAAGCCCCAUACAGGGCUGGAAGCAGGCGGGGAGAGCCUUCCCCACUAAGACACACAAAUAAAUUGUCAUUGAUAUUUGCCAAUUAUAUGUUUUCAAAUUACUAGCUAGAAAUGCAAUAUCUUAUUUUAUUCAUAUACUUUCUAACCAGAAAUGUCCACGUCGGCAGUACUCACAUCAAAUCUUCCAGUUGUAUAUCUAUAUUCUUAAGGUUUUUAUUGCGUGAUUUAUAGAGCAUUUUAGAUUUGUUUUGUGACUGUUGACAGUAUUUUUCAGAUUUUUGGAGUGAUAAAAUGUCCUAAAAAGGAAACUGGUUUUUGAACCAGGCAGUAGGGUGUGAACAUGUGAAUUAAGGUUUUACUGAUAUAGCGUCUUAAAAGUUCCUAAAAACAAACACACAAGGAGCAAAACUGUUUUUCUUUGCAUUUUAAAAGAUAAUAUGGUUACAGGGCAUACAAAAUAAAAGACAAAGAACAACAAUAUUUAGAAAAAUAAAAGUCUUCAAAUAAGAAAGAGAGAGAAAAUAAGGUCAAGAAAAUUACUAUGAUUUAUUAUCAUACUAUUAUUUGUAACAGAUGUCAUAACAGAUACAUAUUUGUGAGGCUUUAAAUAAGAGUACAAAUCUAGGGGAAAUGUUCAUAAAUAUCACACUUUCCGAAAGUUGGGGAGGGCAUGCUAAGACAGAAGGGCAUCAGGUGUAAAUAAUCUCACCAUCACACAGGAGGGAAAACACAAAGACAGGGAGUAAACACAGACAUAGGGGGUGAAAAACUGGAAAUGGGAAUAGUAACAAAGAAUAUUUAACCUAAUGUAAAGACAUGACCCUCUCUUGUUCUCC